AUGGCUCCUUCGGCGAUUCUCGAGCAGCACACCAAUGGCACCAACGGCAACAGUCUCAAUGCCAAGGCCACCACCUUCACGCCUGUAGGCCAGGCCGCGACCUCCAACUACCAUGCUGCCUCUUCCGAGCAGGCCAUGAGCACGGAAGCCGAAUACGCUGCCCACAACUACCACCCUCUCCCCAUCGUCUUCGCCAAAGCCUCUGGCUGCUCGGUCUGGGACCCUGAAGGCAAGCACUAUCUCGACUUCCUCUCCGCCUACUCGGCCGUCAAUCAGGGCCAUUGUCACCCCAAACUCAUCCAGGCACUUGUUGAGCAGGCUAGUCGUCUGACCCUCUCCAGCAGAGCCUUCUACAACGAUGUCUUUCCCAAAUUCGCCGAGAAGAUCACCACAAUGAUGGGCUUCGACAUGGUGCUGCCCAUGAACACCGGKGCCGAGGCCGUGGAGACGGCAGUGAAGCUGGCGAGAAAGUGGGGAUACAAAGUCAAGGGAAUUCCACACGACAAGGCAUUGGUUUUCAGCGUGCAGGAGAACUUCCACGGCCGCACAUUCGCUGCAAUCACCAUGUCUACGGACCCAGAAAGCAAGGAGAACUACGGUCCAUACCUUCCAGGUGUUGGAUCGGAAUGCCCUGUGACCGGUCAGAAGAUCCCAUUCAACGACGUCAAGGCACUGGAAGAUGUUCUUGAAGCACAUGGCAAGAACACCGCGGCUUUCCUUGUGGAGCCCAUCCAAGGAGAGGCUGGAAUUGUCGUUCCAGAUGAAGACUACUUGGUCAAGGUUCGCGAACUCUGCACAAAGCACAAUGUGCUCCUCAUCUGCRACGAGAUUCAGACUGGUAUUGCACGCACAGGAAAGAUGCUCUGCCACGAGUGGAGCGGGAUCAAGCCCGAUCUUGUCCUUCUUGGCAAGGCCAUCAGCGGUGGCAUGUACCCGGUGUCAUGUGUCCUCGGCUCAAAGGAGGUCAUGCUCACCAUUGAGCCUGGUACGCACGGCAGCACAUACGGAGGCAAUCCUCUUGGAAGUGCUGUUGCCAUCAAGGCUCUCGAGAUUGUUGAAGAGGAGCAGCUUGUUGAGCGUGCUGAGCGAUUGGGCCACGUCUUCAGAGAUGGUCUUGCUGCCAUUGCCAAGAAGGGACCAAUGAUCACCACUAUUCGUGGAAAGGGUCUGCUCAACGCCAUUGUGAUUGACGAGUCGAAGACUGGAGGUCACAGUGCGUGGGAUUUGUGCAUGCUGAUGAAGACAAAGGGUCUACUGGCAAAACCCACACACYAAAACAUCAUCCGUAUGGCACCACCACUCGUCAUCACCGAUGAGGAGAUCAAGUCUGCAUUGAGCAUCAUCGAGGAGGCGAUUGAGGAGCUUCCCAACCUCCAGGGCGGCAAAGAGGCCAAGGUCAUCCCUCCCGGCGAGAAGAACGUACACAUCGGCAUUGAGAACUAA